GUACAUUUUAUUUUUCUGAUUUUAUUAAAAUCAAAUACGACGCAUUUAGACGUUGAAAUCUUUCGGCACGAAAAACAUUGCUAAGAAAUCGUUUAUUAUACCAAGAAGACAUUGCGAUUAGAGAUUAAUAUAUUUCAGCAACAAUAUUUGUUUAAAAAAUAAUACUUUUUGAUAACACUUUGGAAGUAAGAAAAGUAUUAUUCAUUAUAUUUACUGUUAUAUUUAAUAGCAUCUUUUAUCCAAUUCCCACAAUAUAUUCAUUGAGAAUAUGAAUUCCGAACAAAUCCAAGAUUAUAUUCUUCUUGGCAAUAAUAAAAUGAACCGUAGAGCAAUAUUCUUUUGAGAGAAGUUAAAGAGAAAUUAAUUAUAAUUAUAAUUAAUCUCAUUAAUUAUUCAGAAAGUCGCAAAAGAGGAUUCGACUCUGUAUGAGGGCUUUUCUAUUCAAUUUAACCUGCUUUAUGUAAUUGACGUACAAUACGGUUGUGCAUCUGUAUACAUAAUAGUAAAAAAAGAAAAAAACAAAUAAUUUGUACGAAUCUCGAGAACUUUGGCCCAGAGUUUCUGGGAUUCUGGGUUCUGGGCAGUAUCAGAGCAUUCAGAGCGUGGCACGAGUAUGUUGAUCUCGAUCACGUGUGGACAUACCUCGCGCAUGCGCGCUGUGAGAAUUACUUCACAAUUUUCCAAAAACACAUGCACAGAAACACAUGGUUAAGUGCAGUGCUGUAUGUAUCGUCAAAUAUUGGUCAAUAUUGUUGUGCGGAUGAUGUCUGGCUUCGCAAUCGAGAAAGAAUAAGGGACAAAGGCGUGAAAAUGAAUGAAAACCUACUGAGACGGAUAAAGAGGCAGCUAAACGCAAAGUUUUAUGUGAUGAACGACGCGUGGCUAAGAGAUUGCGUCGAGUUUUUUGUUAAAGAUAAGAACCCUCAUGAGAUGACGGACAAGCAUAUUUUCGAAUUUGUGGAGAGCCAAUGGCAGCUGAGUGACCUGCGGGAGAUCAGCAACGAGAACGGAUGUCUGCCGAGGAAUCUGGCGCAGCAGACACGUAUUGUAUUGACUGAUACUUAUAUCCUCCAGGUAGACAAGAUGUAUGAUAUAGCGAGCUCCAAGUACAAGCAGCUUUGUGAAAUUCGCAAAAUUGACAAUCAGAACCUGGAAGUCGCCUUGGAGGAAGAGGAGAAGAAGGAGCAGUGGCAGCCCAAGGGCAGAAGAAUGAUGCAACUGUGCCUCACUGACGGCGUGCAGGAUGUCACUGCGAUAGAGUACACUCCACUCAAACAAAUAACUGGCGCAUUGCUUCCUGGCUACAAGGUGAUGAUAAUUGGUCCGGUUGACUGCAGACGUGGUGUUAUUCUCCUAGAGGACAGCAAAUACAAGGAGGUUGGCGGGGAAGUGGACUCUCUGUUGAAACCCAACGCGCCGGAGAAUGUCCUGGCAAGAGCUCUGGGAGAACCAGAAAACCCUGAUCCAUACAAUGACAACGGACCAUUCAAGAUCGCGAAUCAUAAUAGCCAGAAUGUAGCAUCUGGAUCUAACAACGACAAUUUUUUCGACGAUGACUUUGAAGAAGCUAUUGACUUGGAAGCAGUGACGGCGAUCGAACGACGGAGCCAGGAAAUCGAAGCUAUUCAAGAACGCUCUGAAAAUACGUGCAAUAACAGACAAACGGCUAGGAAAGAAACAAAUGAGAUGAUUGAAGAAACGCUGCAGGAUAUAGACUUUGAACCCUUCGAGAAUUGGCCCAGUGAUUCCCCAUCGCGAAUAGAGACUAAGAAACUUGACGAUAGUGACAUAAUAAUAAUCGAUGAUGCGCCAACGUGCAAUUUUCGUAGCAAAUCACCGCCUCCCACGAGUUCUCAUAAGAAUCAAAACUUUUUGGAAUUUCCCGAUGAUGAUUUUGACCUCGAUGAUUGCGACGUCAUAAUUAAAACAAAAGAAUUGCAGAGGCCCAGUGAUCCCCCAUCGCGAAUAGAGACUAAGAAAAUUGACAAUAGUGACAUAAUAAUAAUCGAUGAUACGCCAACUUCCACGUGCAAUUUUCGUAGCAAAUCGCCGCCUCCCACGAGUUCUCAUAAGAAUCGAAACUUUUUGGAAUUUUCCGAUGAUGAUUUCGACUUCGACGAUUGCGACGUCACAAUUAAAACAAAAGAAUCGCAGAGUCAACAAGGCGGAAAUCCUUUAAAAAAUAAAACGUGUGCGCCAAUAGUGCCACUGCUGGAAUCGACGAAUAGUAACUCUUCGAUGGAAGUUGAGAAAUGUAUAUCCACGAAAACGGUACAAAACGAAAAACCAAUGGCGAGCACUUCGAGAACAAUACAGCAAAUGCCAAAGAUCAAACCUAUUACCAACUUUUUCAAACCCCUGUCUGCCCCCAAAAUCUGCGAUGUCCUGAGUGAUGUGUUACGCGAGCCUAUCACGGAAAAAAUAUGCAGAACAGUGAGAGGUCAAGUAAAGACCAUAACUUCGGCGCUAACGAAACGGGGUAAAUGCUGGUCGGUAACGGCAGUGAUCACGGAUCACACUUCCAGCGUAGAAGUCUGCUUCAAUUCUGAGAUUCUGGAAGAAUUUCUUGGCUUCACCGUGCAGGAAUUUUCGCAGAAAAAGAAACUUGCCAAGUCGAAUCCUCAAGUAGACAACGAACUACGAAUGAAUCUACGCAAGGCGCAACACGAUAUUCAAAAUCUGGACGCGUUGUUGAAACUGGAAUUGGUUCAGGGUGAAAUGACCAAAGUCAUUGGUAUCACGCAGUUGACUGCGCAACAAAAGAAGGAUCUUAAUAUGAAGAGGCCUGCAUGAAAUCGUAAAAUAGAUAUGAAUUGCAUGAGAGAUUCAAGAACUUCUCAAAAUUCAAUAAUAUUCGAUACUUUGUAUAAACAUACAGCAAUGCUGCGAUCAAAACUGUAAGUAAUCGCAGGAAAUUUUCAUAAUUUUAACUUAGAUAUCGUUUCUCAGGGAUUGAAUUAUAAAAUAUUUCUUUUAUAUAAUUUAUAAUAUUGCUAUUUUUAAUAAAUAAAACAAUUCAACACAAAUAGCGUGGAGCGAACGUACGGUGUCAUUCUUGUUCCGUUCUACGACUCGGAUCU